UUGUAGACACCUCUUCCGACUACCUAGCUAAAUUACCCUUUGAAGUCAAAGGGGUAUAUCUGUUAAGUUCCCUUUAGAAAAUUGAGUCCUAUUACAAUUUGGAAUCUUAAUAUAUGGAAAGUUGGAGCUAACCCGCCAUUCCCGCCCAAAAAAGCUAACUUCCUAAAAUAUAUGAGAUCCGGUAAGAUCUUAAUUCCAUUUCCCUUAUAAAUAAAAACCCCACAUUUUGACAGAGGAGAUGAAGAACAGAAGCUUGAGGUUGAAAAUGUGAUCCAAUUGAGGGAAAACAAGGAGAAAAAACGAUUGGUGAAGUGAUGACAAUCUAUCACAUGUCUGAAGACCAAAGAGAAAAUGCUAAAAUUCGCAAAGAGAUGCAUAUCAGUAUGGAAAGGAUUCUCCCCUCCGAACUUACUUUUGAGAUAUUUUCCCAUUUACCUGCUGAUUCAAUCAUACAAUGCAGAGAAGUAUGCACAGCAUGGAGAGACCUGAUUGGCCAUCCUUCCGAUAUUUAUAUGCACUUGCAACGAUUAUCACACCCUAAUGGUAACAGUUUCCAAGUCUUUCUUCUCAUGCUCCUAUUGUUGAUGUUGUUGGUUUACUUUUUUAACUUUAUUUUUCCACCGGAAAAAGGCAAUCAAUAUUACUAUGGAGAGUAUCGGAACCAGCACAAUUAUAAACUUAGAAAGAUCAACCAGCCUGUUGUUGUUAGUAAGUCAGUCGUUGGUUCAUGUAACGGGUUGAUUUGCUUUUCGGAAAACGAGCAUAUCAUUGUUCAAGAACCUAGCUAUAUUUGUAACCCUAUCACCAGUGAGUACGUAAAUAUUCCAAGGCUGAAUGUCAAAAGAAACAGAGAAUGUGAUGCUAUGGUGUGUGGUUUUGGUUACCAUACUUCUACUAAGAAGUACAAAAUCAUAAAAAUUUGCCAUAUCCAGAACCAACCUUUAGGGAAGGUAACGGUAUAUACGCUAGGCAGUGGCAGUGGUUGGAGAUACAUAGGAAAAACUGCUUACUCAUUGAGACCUACUAGAGGCUCUUUUCAUGCUAUAUUCAGUUACCGAUCCCCAUUUGGUGCUUUGGCAAAUGGAGCACUUCAUUGGCUUACCAAUGAAAACAAGAUUUUGUCCUUUGAUUUGGCUAACGAGAACCUAAACCUUCUCCCAUUCCCACUUAUUGACCGCACUAUAGGUAGGUGGGACUAUUUUCAACUUGAGGUAUUGGGAGGAUGCUUGUGUUUUGUUCAUAAAAAACCAGGUGAACCCUUAUUAGACAUAUGGUUUUUAAGGAAGCAAGGUGAAAGCGGUACUUUGGAGUCUUUCGACCUUAAUGAGCAGGACGAUUAUGACUCAUUAAUUUGGAUUAAGAAGUUCAGCAUACCAACUGGAUGUCAAGCAGCACCUUGUGCCCUUACAAAUAGUGGUGAAGUUCUAUUGCUCUGCCGUUCUAGUCUCUUCUGUUAUAAUCCUGAGACUGCAAAUUUGGAAAGGCUUAUAGAUGAAGGAAUUAGUCAUGUGUUUCCUCACAUGAACAGAUUUGUUUCGCUGAAAGCUCUUGGAGAAAACUGUAAACUCAGAAAAAGAUAUGGCGUAAAUCCAGCGCCAAAGGAGAUCUUUUUAAAGCUACAGAGGGAGGAGGAUACUCAAGACACAUCAUGUUCAUAUUCGUUGGAUGCAUAGUGGCACUCAUAUGAUUGGCACCAUAUUUUUUUGUUUAUGUUCUAGCGAUGGAUAUUUUGUUUUUCUGUCUAAAUCACUGGAUUUCAGUUAAAUUUCUUGUAGUGGUGCAAAUUUAAAUCAGUUAAAUUUCUCUUU